UAUAUAUGUGUGUGUUGUUUAAAUCUUUCAUUCUCUCUAACUGGCAGAGAAGCGGUUAUGGUGAUGGGGGGACACAAGACCAAGAAGAAGUCGUCUGUAACACUUCAUCUCCACCAUCACUGACUCCUUUAAUCAAUUUGGACGAGGAUGAGAUCCCAGAAGAAGGUUUAGAUGGUCCCUUUCAUGUAGAAAAAGUGGAGAAUGUGGCAGCAUUUGUGUUGGCCAAAACAAAAGGUGGGAUCUACUAGAAUUCUUCAAUCAAUUUUUUGCUUCAUAUUAGCUUUAACUGGUACAUAAUAUGGAAAGCAGUUCUCUUGCACUGUAUGUAUUUAUGCAAGCUUGAAUUAUGCUUAAUGUAUCACAGAAUGGUGGAAUGGCUUUUCAGUUCUUUAUUCUUUGAAAAGUUUUGAGUGUAGACCUUAGGAAUCAUAUACAAUAAUACAAGUUUGACCCUAAUUCAUUCUACCAAAAUGGAACAUUGAAUCACUCAGGUAUCUUAUAAUUUACUUUGUGUUUGGUUUUCAAAGUGGACACGGCUACUGGGGAAAACACUUCUUGAGUUUCAUCCACCAAAGGAGAAGUUCUUCCAGAACACAAAGAUGUGAUGUGGCAUGAAAGAAGUAUGACAAGAAGACAGCACAGAUCAAAAGAAGGUGAAGCUGAGAUUGAUAUUUCUCUUGCAAAGAGACGAGUCCAAGCUUCUGAUAGUGGAAUUAUUACAUUACCCCAUAUUCUGUGCAGGUUGUCUUACUAAAGAUGUUGCAAUGCAAUAAGGACAGUCCAAAGUAUGUGGAAAUCUCAACUUCUGAUGGCUUCCAAGGUCAAGAGAAAGAAGCCACUAUUAUUUCCAUUUUUUGGUCAAACUAUGCCAAAGAGUUGGGGUUUUCAAGUGAUCAUGGAUGAAUAUGAAUGGGGCUGAAACACAAGCAAGAAGAAAUUGUUGCCCAGUUUGUGACACUGAAACAAUAAGUGAUGGAUUCUUAAAAUGAUUCGUUGAGUACUUGAAAGAGCAUGGGGAGUAUAUAAGUGGCUCAAAAUACAACAUGAACAAGUAAAGAUCGUGAUGGGAU